GUCGCAGAUGCAGCCGUCCUCCCCUCGGCCGUCGGCAGGCCGCCUGUCGGGCCCCCCGGCCGGUCACGUGUACCAAGCGGUGGCAGUGGGGGCGGCAGACCCGCGGAGGGAAGAUGCCCCAGGCGUGAGGAUUUCCGUGAGCGCUGUCGUGAGGCGAGUGUCGCAAUCUGAAGAGACCAGGUGUCAGGAAGUUGAAGAGAUGUAGCUAAAACGAGUGGUGGCUUGAAGGGAACGCAGACCUCAAAAGCAGCUGAUCGUUUGGCAGCUGGGGGAGCCGUUGGGGGACGUCGGCAGCGAUCCAAGAGCCUCCAUCCAGGACACCAGCCCGUCUCACAGGCUAAGGAACGUUCAUCCCCCGAUCUACCGACAAGGUAUAAAAUUAUCAGACAGAAAAAAAAACUUAGACCGGUUCGAAACGGUUCGGCUUCAUCGAGGAUCUCGGGAAUUUAGUCAGUCAGUGUUGUCGCAUCACCGUACUGACGCGAAUCGAACGGCGUAAAAUCUCCUGGCAAUCUCCAUUCGUUUUAGAUCCAGCAUAGCCGGUGGUAUACAAGGCUGAGGAGAGAAGCAUUUCGACGUCAUCAGUGCCAACUGCCAAUGUCAACUCUAACUGCGACCGGCAAGUGCUGGCCUUAAGCAGUGCGACUAAACAACUUUCGACGGGCUCAAGAUUGUCUCCCUCGGCCCCAUCCACCCCACCCCCCCCCCCCAGUUCCCUCCUCCCUACCCCUCUCCCCUCCCGCCGCGAUGUCCGCGGCCCAGCCGCUGCCGCCGGCCGCCCCGCCUCGCCCGGGUCCCUGUGACCUGCGAUUGGCCAUCUGCAGUCAGGACGUGCGCGCCGUGCAGGCUCUGCUGGCGGCCGGCGCCGACCCGUCGCUGGCCCACCGACACCGCACGCCACUCUCCUGGGCGCUGCAGGCCGGCCGGGCGGAGAUCGUGGCCGCCCUACUCUCCGCCGGCGCAGACGCCAACGGGCGCAGCAGUGACGCUCUGGAGCGGGUCGAGCCGCCGCUCAUUACCGCCAUCCGUCUGGGCCAGGAGGCGAGCUUCGCGGCCCUACUGACCGCCGGCGCCGAGCUCGACGGCGAGGACUUCUACGGCCACACGCCGCUGUGGACGGCCGUCUGGCACCGGCAGCUCAGCAUGGCGUUCCAGCUGGUGGCGGCCGGCGCGCCGGUGGCGGCCGACUCGUGGCAGCAGUGCCCGCUGUACCUCUCUGCGCGGCAGCCGUGCGCCGGCUGGCGGCGGCUGGCCCUGCUGGUCACCCUGCUCGGCGCCUCCGUCAGUCUGCGGGACGGCGAGCGGCGCUCGGCGCUCUGGUGGGCGUUCCACUGGGGCGACCAGCGGCUGGCGCGGGCGCUCCUAGCGCGCGGCGCCCGUCUGCCGGAGGGCUGUCCGCCGCUGGAGGAGAUCCCUGCGGAGUUCCUCAGGCAGAUCAGCGGGCCGCGCUCGCCCCCACCGCUGCUGGAGCUCUGCCGGGCCCGGGUGCGCGCCCUGGUGGGGGUGACCGGACGCCGACUGCCCUGCCGGCUGUCCCGCCUGCCGCUGCCCGAUGUGCUCAUAGCUUAUCUACAGAUGAAGGAGUUUAGUGAGGAGGCCACAGCGGCAGAGCGAUGGGAGGGAUGAGGAGAGGAGAGAGCGGUGGGAGGAGAGGGGAAAGAGCCGUGGGAGCGACAGCGCUGGGAGGGAAAUGGCAGGGACUUUGUGACGCACUAACACUGUCGACGCAUUGCAGAACUAACGACCAACGGGAAAAGGCAGAGGAAAGCGUUAGCAAUGACUUGCAGUAACUCAGUGGCAUCAUUUCCUCAGAGCGCUCGGGACGUUCUAUCAAAUGAUAUUGUAUUUGCGUGAUGUUUGCUUUGUGUACGUGACUCAGCAAGUUAUAUGACGUGCUACAGAGGAUGCAAAACGCCCUAACCAGCCCUCAGGCCCUCAGGCAUUAUAAACGCCCUCAGGCAUUAUAAUACGCAUAAGCUGCAAUGACGGAUUGUCAUAGACUAUAAUUCGUUGAAUCAGUGACGAUUCAGGAUUAGAUCAUAGUUAUUUUGAUACAAGUUUGUAUCAUCCGCUGAAUACAUCAUUAUAUUUUUAAUGUGUUUUUGGAAUCCAUGUGGAGUGGUUCGUCUCCAUGGAGUUUUUAAUCACCUCUGGCGAGGUCUUAUUAAGCUUAUAAGCUCUUAUCAACCUCUGGCGACUUGGAUAUCUUGAUUGUUUCACAAAAUGUAAUCGGAACGUCAGUGGGCUCGUUCAGAAGCUUUCGACGACAAAAAAAAAAUGUGCCAAAAUUUGAUUUGUCGAGAUGCACCCAAUACACAUGAAACGGAGCUC